AAGAUUAACGAGAUUAAAGAAGCUAAUACUCGUCGUGUUGAUGUUCACAGUCGUCAUCACAGUGAAACACUCCCUUCAUCUCGUCAAACAAACAUCUCGUCAUCGCGACAAACUUGAUCGACGACAGCUUGACAAUAUAGCCGUGACGGCUAACUCGAGUGCCCCGAAUGUAGGCCUAAAGUACUGCAAAGUUCCAUCGGACAAUGAAUUGCACUUCGGAUACGAUGCAAGUCUUAAAUCCAUCGAUUUCGCCACCCUCGAGCCGGCUGUGUUCGGUCCAUCUCGAUACCAAGAAGUGCUAUUUCGUCUGAAACGUGCAAACGAACAUCUUGCCCAAAAUCUCAAGUCUCAAGCAGGAUUUGAUCAUAUCGCCAGAGAAAUUUUUUAUACAGAAUCAGUCAAAAUAGUAAACUAUGACUACAUACUUGGCGGUAGAUGGCGCCCGUCCGAUUGUCAUCCAAAAUGGAAGGUUGCAAUAGUUGUUCCGUUUAGGGAUCGGAAAGUCCAUCUGGCAAUCCUCAUCAACAAUCUGAUUCCAUUUCUACAAAACCAAAAGCUAGAAUUUGGAUUCUUCAUCGGGGAACAGUCUAACAACUUGCAGUUCAACCGAGGACUGAUGAAAAACAUCGGCUACCGGGCUGCGACCCUCUUCGGGGACUGGGACUGCGUCAUUUUUCACGAUACCGACCUCAUCCCAAUGAAAGGCAAAAACUACUAUGGAUGCGCCAACUUCCCCCGUCAUCUUGCAGCUUAUACUGAGCAACUUAGAUAUCGAAUGCCGUAUGAGGACAUCUUCGGCGGCGUUGUCGGACUGACGGCCGAGCAGGUACGGCUGAGCAACGGGUACUCCAAUGCCUACUGGGGCUGGGGAGGCGAAGAUGACGAGCUCUCGGUGAGACUGAAGCGGAAGGGCUUUAAAAUCACUCGAGAAACCGAAAAUGGCUACUACAGAUCGCUUCAUCAUAAAGAAAAACAAAAAAAGCAACUAUGCCCAGAAGUGGACUGCCUCUACAACAAUUUCCAGAUGCGAGCAGACUGGGAAGGCAUCAAUAAUAUGACAUACUCAGUGGAUAGUCUCGAGUUAUUUCCUCUUUACACCAAAAUAUCGGUGGAUGUGCAGAAAGAGGCAUGGAACAGCAAUAUGCCACCCUGUGAAAAGUUCUCAAACCACGAAGACCAUAAUCAUGAUAAAUAACGCGAUUGGCUUUUUUAUUAAAAAAACAACAACAAUAAAACAAAAACAAGUGCACACCUACAUGUAGUUACCAAUAAUUAAUUUAUUUAUUAGAACAUAUUUAUUCAGGUACAAAAGAUCUGCAUAAAACUGUUUUUCAUCAAUAAUGCGUAUAGAAUUUUCAUUUAUUUUGAAUACAUGGCAGAGCAUUGGCGAUUAAAUGCCUUGCUCACGGGCAUAGGUGCCGCGGUUGGGGAUCGAACCUCGGACUUUCUAUGUAGCCAGGCGCCUCAGACCAUUCGGCAAUGGCUAUGCCCUAGUUUCACCGAUGAUACCGAUACUAGACCGAUCAAAUCUAUUACGUUAUUUUGAAUGGCUUACCAUCGAUCGUUUUGGAGUUGGUUUUAUUAUUUAUUUUUUAUUUAUUUUAUUUCCAGGCAAAAGACAAUAAGAAUAUAUACAAGAGGAAUAAAUUACCACCGACUAGUGCCUGAGGAUGACUAAAAGAAAAACUAGUUUCUGUUAUGAAGCUCUCCUCACUAGUCGGGGUUUACAAAUAUACAAAAUAAAAUCAGAUAAAAUGACAAUAUAUGUUUAGAUGCAUUACUUAAUAAAACAAAGAACUUAAUAAUAAAGAGUGUUUGUUUCCAUUUGCAAUUAUAAUAUCCAGUCAAUAUGAAGUGUUAAUGUAUUUAAAUAAACAACUUUAUGUUAUUUAUUGAUGUACCUGUACCGUUAUACUUAUAAUAUAAUGCAGUAGACAUGAUAGAAGGGUGAUUUCAUCAGAUCCGAUGUUGGUUUGGUGGAUUGGAUGGGCUGCCCAACCUAGCGCCAUGGUGGGUUUACCAAAAAUGAUACCAUGGACAUAAUCGUCAGCUGAACACCUUAUGGUGUCAAUCCUAUAGCACCAGACUAAUUUCAGGUUUGGUGUAACGGUGUAAAAAAAUCAUUCAUACACAAACACUGCAUUUCUAAUCACCCGUGGCAAUUCUACUGCACUACUGCACUACGGCACCCAGUGGCGUAAUAAGCCCUUCAACAAUUGAAGGGGCUAGAUAUGGCGUAUCGGGCAAAAUUUAUUUUAAAAGAAUCAAAUUUUAGUGAUAGAUUUUGAUACAAUAUUCAGAAAAAUAACAUUUUAUUACACCCUUCUAUCUUUCCAUACCUCUCGUUUUUUUUUUGUUUUUUUUUUGGGGGGGGGGGCAAGCGCCCCAAACCCCAUCUGUACGCCAUUGACGGAACCUAAUUAUACCUUAAGGACACUUGGUCCAGAAUGAAAGCCCUCGUGUUAAAAGUGGAUUAUGCUGAUUAAUAAAAUCUUGCUCAUAUUGAGACUCGAA